AUGACAGUGGAUCCAAACAAAGGUGCAAAAAUUUUCUUUUCUAUUCUUUUCAGAGUGGUUUUCCUUGGUUGGCCAGGUGUUGCUGGUAUUGCAAUUGGUGCAAUUGAUUUAAGGAACACAUUACUUCUUGAAAAAUAUUAUGGUAGUCGUUAUUAUUUAUCCAGUAUUAAAGGUGUUGAGAUAUAUUGUGUGGUAUUAUAUUCUCUUGUUGUUUCUAAUACACUUUUUGUCAUGGUUUUGCUUCCAAUUUUUAGAAAUAUGAUGAUUCCUGCUGUUCUUUUCAUUAUUGAUUUUCUAUUAUUUGCCACAAACAUUGGAUAUAUUGUAUAUUUGGCAUAUUAUGGUUAUAUAUAUGGACUUGGCUUUAGAUUGGCUAUUUCUGGUACUGUUAUUGGAUUGUGGAUUAUAAUUGUAUCUCUUUUUGGAUCAGUUAUUCCAUUGAAUAAAGAAAAGGGGUUCUCCGGAUUAUUUAAACCUCAAAGGUAUUAUUAUGGUUGUUUAUUUGCAGAAUUGCCUAUCACUCCAAAUUUGGAUGUUUAUCCUCCUAACCAUGGUACUGUACAAUAUCAACAGGAGGAAAGUCCACACAAAAAUGAGCCUGAUAAAGUUGUCCCUUAA